GAGAGAGUGGGAGAAAGAGAGGGAGAGAGAGGUGGUAGAGUUAUAUAUUGCUUACUCCCACACCUUUGCUGUUGCUGUAUUGGUAUCUCAUGCUGCAGCAGUGAGAAUCCACACUGUAGCAAAUGACGCCACUGCACAGAGGGCUGCCUCACUGACUGGCUCUAUAGAAAUCUCUCUCUCUAUCCAUCUCACCUCUCCUCCUCUGUAUCCAUGGACUACAGUGGCUAAAUGGAAAGAUAAAGACUUUUAAGAAGAAGUGUGUUUGUUUAGUCUUUGUCAAUCUAUGGAUUUCUAAGUAUAUUUUUAUAAUGAAUCUACUUCACCAAGUCAACAGUGAUUUGUAUUCAGCUGCAUGGAUUUUCUUCUCCAUCCUGGAUACCUGAUUCUCAGUUCCAGCUCGGACUUUUUCCUCUGAAUGUCAGAUCAGGGCUUUGGUAUGAGUGGUGUGGUUUUUGGCACCAGAGUUGAUGCAGACUGCUGAGGGUGUUCUCUGAGGUUUCUAGUAACAUCUUCUGGUUCCUGGAGAUCUCCGUAGAUCAACACCAUCCUUGUUUUUCUCUGAUUCCUCUCUUACCUCUUGUUCCAGGCAGAGGUGACACAGACUGUUGAGGGUGACUGCUAAAGUCUACCUGGUGGUACCCUCCCUUAGAUCCAGAGGGACCUCUCCACCCCUCCACCUUUCCCCCUACUUUCCCUUCGUCUCACAUGCUGGUCCCUCUCUCACCAUGUUCACCAGGAUCUUCAUCCCCAAGAAGCACCGACAGCGGUUCGACGAGGCCGUGUCCCAGAGCCUGAUCCAGAGGAUCUGUCGCAGUAAGAGCAUUAGCGAGCCGGGCCGGCAGGGCCGUCUGAGACGUAGCCGCAGCGAGGACCACCCUGACCGCCACCACGGCUCCAAACGGGCCAGCUCAGUACCUCGGGAUCCUGGGAAGGACGGAGGGGGACAGGAGAGAGGAGAGAGUGGGUACAGGAAGUCCACGUUGGGCAAACCUGGGCAUCAAUCAGAAGCCAAUCAGAGCCUCCGUGCUCCCCCCAGGACAGUGAGGGUUUGCAGAGGGAAGAAGAGUUUUGGGUUCACCCUGAGAGGCCAUGCCCCUGUCUGCAUCGACUCUGUCAUCCCAGACAGCCCCGCUGAAGACUGUGGUCUCAAACCGGGCGACCGCAUCCUUUUCCUCAAUGGGCUGGACAUGAGAAACUGUUCCCAUGAGAAGGUGGUGUCCAUGCUGCAGGGCAGUGGGGCCAUGCCCACCCUAGUGGUGGAAGACGGACCCUCUGGUUACUCCCACUCUGACCAGAGUGACCAGGAAGACUCUCCCACAGGCCUUGCCCCUGCCGUGGCCCCCAGGUCCCGCUCCCGCUCCCCGGUCCCCCUCUGUUCCCUGCAGUGGGUGGCUGAGAUCUUACCCCCCAGCAUCAGGGUCCAUGGUCGCACCUUUAGCCAGCAGCUGGAUCAUCUCCUGACGGUGCAGGAGAGAUACACCAUCUGCAAGUCCCUGGAGACCUUCUUCCAACAGAGGAACGUGGACACCCUGAUUGUUGAUGUGUUCCCGGUGUUGGACACUCCAGCCAAGCAGGUGAUCUGGCAGUUCAUCUACCAGCUGUUGACCUACGAGGAGCAGGAACACUGUCAGAGCAAGAUUUCACGCUUCCUUGGUUUUAAGACUGCAGCAGCAACAGAGCCAGAGCCAGGUGCAGGACAGGAGCACCAUAGGAGGAGCAGCUCAGUGCGUGUGUCAGGCACCUCCUACAGAGGCACCGUACGGGAGAGGAGCUCUGAUGACUGCAUCAUCAGAACACACCUGGGAAUGGGGAUUCAUGUGGCUGCACCAGGGAGUGGGAGUGGGACACCCGGAGAGAGACAGUGUGGAGAUGGCACCUCCUUCCCAGAAUCCCCUGACCUGAAUCACAUGUCAGGAGUGUACACGGAACUGGAGAGUGUGUACACAGGGACGGGUGCCGUGAAGGCCAUGCAGCAGAAUCACAGUCGCUGCUCUCCACUGACCCAGCCUGACCGAGAGGAGCUGGGACAGACUGACGCCUAUGGCCAGUCUCCAGCUCGCUCCUCUCUCAGUCAAGGUAGCACAGGGAACCGUAAAUCAGGUCUGUCUCUGACAUGGAAGGAACCUCUGCCCGACCCUCUGUAUGAGUUGUACCACGGGGGAACCAUUCCCUCUCCGGGCAGCGCUGACUCCAACCCCUAUGUGAGCCUGGAGAGCCCGCCUCCAUCCCCCCAGAACUCUGACGACCCCACCAGCCCCCUGUCCAGACGCAGGAAGCUUUUCACCUUCUCCAGACCCCCCCGGAGCAGGGACACUGACAAGUUCCUGGACGCUCUGAGCGAACAGCUGGGACACCGUGUCACUCUGGUGGAAGACUUCCUCCCUGGAGAGAAUGACUAUGAGGAGAUGAGUUUCCAGGAUGAGCAGGAGGUGAGCUACCUCCCCCGCCAGCUGAGCAGUGCCAGCAGUGAGGACAUCAGCAGCAAUGAUGAGGCCACCUCCCCCACCUACUCCUCCGGGUCAGAACACAUCCCCAUCCCCCCACCCCCGCAGAGCGCCCCACCACCCCCGCCCUUGCCCACCCCCUUACCCCCGCCACCCUUCGGCUUCUCCGACCACCUCCCCAUUACCCCUGUCCUCUCCCACUUCUCCCCCGAACACAUCCCUCGGGCGCGCAUGUCCUUCCAGCCGCAGCACCCCAUCAUCCCCCCUCCCCCGCCUCCUCCACGGGCCUUCAUGUACAACAGGCCGUCCCUACACAAGGUGCUGCCAACCAGAGAUGAGCUACAGGGCUGUGUCCACCACCAGGCUACUCAGAUGACUCUCCCCCUGGGCCCUCGCUACUCUCCCCAGCCCUCUCGCCCCAGGAACCUGCCCCGCCAGGCCAGCCAGCCUCAGCCCCUGACCCAGCCCAUCCUGUGUCCCCAGCCCUCCCCUCAGCCCAACAGGCAAAGCCAGCUCGCCCUCCAGAGGCACCACCAGCUUCACCACCAGCCCUACCAGCCCCAGCUGAGCCACAGCCUUCCCCCUAAAGCCCCUCACCUGUCCCAGCCCCAAAGUCACCCUCCCCAACCUCACUCACAGACCUAUGAGACCCCCAUCUCAGUGUCAGAGCUCCAGAAACACAAGGUCCCCCCACCGCCCCCUCCACCACUGCCUCCCCCCUGCGACCCACCUCCACUGCCCAAUUCCAGUCCCUGUGCUGGGGACACCAACCACAUGAGUGUGAAGAGACUGCGCUGGGAGCAGGUGGAGAACUCUGAGGGAACCAUCUGGGGACAGCUUGGAGAGGACCCCGACUAUGACAAACUGAGUGACAUGGUGAAGUAUCUCGAUCUAGAGAUGCACUUUGGUACCCAACGGAGUUCCAAGCCAGCCUUCCUGCCCGAGAGCUUUAAAAAGAAAGACGUGGUGGAGAUUCUGUCUCAUAAGAAAGCCUACAACGCCUCCAUCCUGAUCGCUCACCUGAAGCUGUCUCCAGGUGAGCUGCGCCAGGUGCUGAUGACUAUGAGCACAGACAGACUGGAGCCAGCCCACAUCAAGCAGCUGCUGCUCUACGCCCCCGAUGACCAGGAAGUCAAACAGUACCAAUGCUUCGACCAGAACUCUGCCAAACUCAGUGACCCUGACCAGUUUGUCCUGCAGAUGCUGAUGGUCCCUGAGUAUAAGACUCGUCUGCGGAGCCUCCAUUUUAAGACAGCCCUGCAGGAGAAGACAGAGGAGAUGAAGGCUGGAUACGAAUGGAUCUACAGGGCCUCGAUAGAACUCAGGAGCAGCAAGAAACUGGCCAAGAUCCUCGAGUUUGUGCUGGCAAUGGGGAAUUACCUGAACAAUGGUCAACCCAAGACAAACAAAACCACUGGCUUUAAGAUCAACUUUCUCACUGAGCUCAGCACCACUAAAACGGUGGAUGGUAAAUCCACCUUCCUCCACAUUCUUGCCAAAUCGCUAUGCCAACACUUCCCAGAACUGUUGAACUUUGCCAGGGACCUCACAACCGUGCCACUCGCAGCCAAAGUGAAUCAGCGUAACCUGACAGCUGAGCUGGCUGACCUUCACUCCACCAUCCAGGACAUCAGGACAGCCUGUCAGAAGAUCCCAGCCACGGCCGAGGAUCACUUCGCUGCCGUCAUGAGUGGUUUCCUGGAGAACAGUCACCCAGCGGUUCAGUCUCUGGACUCUCUGCAGCUGAGAGCCAUGGACGAGUUCACUAAGGUGGCCUCUUACUUCGGAGAGGACAGCAAGGUCACCUCCACUGAGGGCUUCUUCGCCAUUUUUGCUGAGUUUACUUCCAAGUUUGAGAGAGCACUGAAUGAGACCCAGGCCACUGAGAACCCCUGCAGCCCCAGAGUGCCCUCUCCCCUGGCCUGGUAGAGACUGGAUAGCUCCUCUGCUCUCAUCAACCAAAGUCCCAAGACAACACAAAGAAACAGUCACAACUACUGGGACACAAACAACAUGAUCUUCAACACUGCGGAAUGCCGUAGGGCCAGGAGUUCUUCCUGACCAUGUGAUCUGACCAAAAGAACUCUCAUCCAAAGGGUCCAGAGUUUCUCCUGGGAAGGUCAAGUAGCUCUAUAUGUUCAGAUAACAUGAGUAUAUAUUUUAUAUUGGAUUGUAUUAAAUUGAAAGUAUAAUGAAAUUGGAAAGAUAAAGCAUAGAUGUACUGCCAAAAUAAAGGAAACACCAACAUAAAGUGUUUUAAUAGGGCAUUGGGCCACCAUGAACCAGAACAGCUUCAAUGCACCUUGGCAUAAAUUCUACAAGUUGUUAUAACUAUAUUUUGAGGGAUGCUACACCAUUCUUCCAUGAGAAAUUCAUUAUUUUGGUGUUUUGUUGAAGGUUGUGGAAAACGCUGUCUCUGGUGCUGCUCCAGAAUCUCCCAUAAGUAUUCAAUUGAGUUUUGAUCUGGUGACUGAGAGUGACACACACACACACACACACACACACACACACACACACACACACACACACUUUAGCCACGGUAGUCGUAAUAAUGGGCAACUGGGAAUUUUUGUACAUGACCCUAAGCAUGAUGGGAUGUUAAUUGCUUAAUUAACUCAGGAACCACACCUGUGUGGAAGCAUCUGCUUUCAGUAUACUUUGUAUCCCUCAUUUACUCAAGUGUUUCCUUCAUUUUGGCAGUUGCCUGUAUAUGUAAAUGACCAUGACAUUUUAGAUGGCUGAUAGUCAGAAUUUUAUCUAGAACUGGGCGCUAUUUUUACAGAUGGACUUGAUCUGCCUACAACAGAAACACAUAAUCACUGCCUCGUAGAUUGUGAUGAUAGAAUGCAGUAUAAACCUACCUUGAAGCAUUACAUUGGCAUGACAAACGUACUGUGAAUUGUUAUUACAAUAUUUAGAGGCUUUCUGGUGCCAAUGUAAUGGCAGUCAUCCUAACAUUUGGCAUUUCAAAACAUGCUCUGGGCAGGGGCAACAAAAAGAAUACCACUCUCCUAAGUGUAUUAAAAGUGUUUUACAGUAUGAGGAGCAUAUGGGAAAUAUGAGGGUUAACCCACUGGGGCUAAUAUAUGAAUAGCUGCUAACUGAAAGACAUCAAUCCAUGUUAGCAUUGAGUGGUCCAGGUGGCUCUUGCGGUCACUGGGGUUGUUACUGAUGAUCUGUCCAUUCCACUGCCAUAACUUUCACCUGUAUCAACAGUCUUGUUUUAGAACAAAUAUUCACUGUUUGCUAGUGUGCAUUUAAAGCUGUUUUGAAUGUAUUUCUUGCAUUUCUACUUUCCCUCCAUAAUUCCUUUUCACAUAUACAUUUCAGUCAGAGCUGCCAUCAUGAAGAUACAAACAUAUUGAUUUACAGACCUGUUGUACCAGGCAAUGUGUCAUCAUGUUAAAAAAGACUGCUACAUAUUUAAAUCUUGCCACAAGUGCAGUACAGUUUUAUGACAAGCAUUUGCAUGUUGCUGUCUAUAGGUGUUGUUUUGUGUUAAAAUUAUUGUACAUCUGGAUUUAUUUACUUUUAUUGUAUUCUCACAAGUUGGGUCUAAAAUGUAGACCUAGUAUAACUCUAGAUCAAUUUAAGUUUGUUAAUGUAUUUAAAUGUUCAUUUUGUAUAGCCUAAGUGUGUUUUGUCUAUGUUUUCAUUGAUAUUAAUGGAGUACUCUGUAUAGUUCAAAAAGUAUUGACUUUUUAUGUUGGCCAUGUGGUUGCUUCUGGAUCAGUUGUACUUGUUUUGGAUCUGUAAAAAUACAUAAAUGCUUGACAAAUAAACUGCCUGAUACCCACGAGCUUCUUCGGAGCCAGAGACGAACAUGGACUGGACCAAAUUAACUGAAGUUUGUCGCGUGGUGGUGCAAUUGCCAUAGCAACGGGAAAAUGGCAGUAAAUCCUUUGUCAUCAUCUCUACCUGGCAGCGUCAAUUCGUAUUUCAACGCCUACAAAAACUCGCUUUUUGCCGAUGUCGAAAAACAGAAAACAACCUGCAAAAAACGUUUUAUCCACAGACUGGUGUAUGUAGCAACUAGAAAGCUAAACGCUGACGAUAAACAGAGUGCAAUUGCAGAAUACUAUGAGCAAUUUUUGUCGAAAUUCCAGAAAAACACACAGACUGAGAAAGUCACUGGCAUACUGCUAUUAUAUCCCAAAAGUAUCAUUCAUUUGAUGGAGUCCUCUUCAGAAGUUCUCCACAUGAUUCUGGAAGAUCUGAAUGACAUGGAGAAAAGCCCAAACUGCCCACUGAAGGAGGUGCGUAUCCUGGUGGUGUCUCAUUGUGUGCUGAGACGUAUGUUCCCGUUGUGGGGCUACCGCUUCGUGACGCUGCCCCUCAGCCUCCAGGACCCCAACCCACAGACCCAGCCCGUUGAGACCCUAGUCCCAGACAGCCUGGCCAUGAUCUACAAGAUGUGUGUGUGUCUACUAAAACACAGGGUAAAGGAGAUGCUUAAUACUGUUGGUGGUGAAUGUCCACGUCUUUGUUGCAUGUCUGUACAUGCCAAUCUUAAGACAAAUCCAUCCUUUCCUUUGUAAGGUAUUUUGAUAUUAUACAAAGCCCUCCACAUAAGAAUAGUAUAGGCCUGUUGGUAUAGUGAAUAGUGUCAGGCCUGUUGGUGUUUGUGUGGUAUUUGUUCACUGUGUGUGUUGUUCUAUAGGGUAGCUGUUCAGUGUGUGUGUGUGCGUUAUUCUAUAGGGUAGCUGUUCAGUGUGUGUGUGUUGUUCUUUAGAGUAGCUGUUCAGUGUGUGUGUUGUUCUAUAGGGUAGCUGUUCAGUGUGUGUGUGUUGUUCUUUAGAGUAGCUGUUCAGUGUGUGUGUUGUUCUAUAGUGUAGCUGUUCAGUGUAUGUGUGUUGUUCAUUAGAGUAGCUGUUCAGUGUGUGUGUUGUUCUAUAGGGUAGGUGUUCAGUGUGUGUGUGUUGUUCUUUAGAGUAGCUGUUCAGUGUGUGUGUUGUUCUAUAGGGUAGCUGUUCAGUGUGUGUGUUGUUCUAUAGGGUAGCUGUUCAGUGUAUGUGUGUUGUUCUUUAGAGUAGCUGUUCAGUGCGUGUUAUGUUGCUCUACAGCAAGGGUGGGCAACUCCAGUUUUCCAGGGCCUCAUUGUUGUCACACUUCUUCUCCAUCCCUACCAAACACAGGUGAUUAAUCUAAUUGCAUUCUAAACUGAAGAUCAUGAUUAGGUGAUUGGAGUCAGGUGUGUUGUUGUGACACCAAUCAGGCCCUCAAGGACUGGAAUUGCCCAUCCCUGCUCUAUAGGGUAGCUGAUCAGUGUGUGUUAUGUUGCUCUAUAGCAGGGGUAUUCAACUCUUACCCUAUGAUUUUGUUGUUGUAUUUUACUCCCUUUUUCAAUCUUGUCUCAUCACUGCAACUCCCCAAUGGGGUGGAGAGAGGCGAAGGUCGAGUCAUGCAUCCUCCGAAACAUAACCCGCCAAGCCACGUCUCUUAACACCCGCCUGCAUAACCUGGAAGCCAGCUGCACCAAUGUGUUGGAGAAAACACCGUUCAACUGAUGACCGUUGUCAGCCUGCAGGUGCCCGGCCCACCACAAGGAGUCGCUAGAGCGCGAUGAGCCAAGUAAAGGCCUCCGGGCCAAACCCUCCCCUAACCUGGACGACGCUGGGCCAAUUGUGCGCCACCCUAUGGGACUCCCGGUCAUGGACGGUUGUGACAUAGCCUGGGAUUGAACCCGGGUCUGUAGUGACGACUUAGAACGCUGCGCCACUCGGGUGGCUGGUGUCCCAGGUCUAAAUCAGUCAAUCAAACAAUGAAAAAAUGUAGUAGAACUGACUUCGAGGUCCCAAGUUGUUUGAGGGUUCUAGCUGUUCAGUGUGUGUGUGUGAUGUUCUAUAGGCUAGCUGUUCAGUGUGUGUGUGUGCGCUGUUCUAUAGGGUAGCUGUUCAGUGUGUGUGUGCUGUUCUAUAGGGUACCUGUUCAGUGUGUGCGCUGUUCUAUAGGGUAGCUGUUCAGUGUGUGUGUGUAUGUGUGUUACAGGGUAGCUGUUCAGUGUGUGUGUGUGUGUGUGUGUUAUAGGGUAGCUGUUCAGUGUGUGUGUGUGUGUUAUAGGAUAGCGGUUCAGGCCAGGAAGAUCAGGAGCAGGCUCUUCGGUUAGAGGAGGAUACAGUCAUCUACCUCUGUCAGAGUGCAGUGCUGCACUCCCCAUCCACCUUCCUACAAACCUACACCAAGGCUACCAACAUCCUCAUGGAUUCCGGUAAUUGCUUUGUGUGCGUUUUAUCUAGGGCUAGAUCCACAUUAUAGCGCGAUUGAAAUUUAAAGGUAAUUGCCGAUUUGAGCUGACAUAUGCAGUAACAUUGCCUUUAAAUGUAAAUCACACUAGCGCAGGGCUUCCGCGAUCCGGAUUGAAUGUAGACCUGUCUGGAGUCAAAAUCAUCAAAAUAAAUGUUAUAUUAUUUUAGAAAUCGUGUGGCCGACACACCGCAGACUUUACUGGUAGCAGGAGAAUGAAGAAAUGACUACUAGACAAUCGUCCUCCCAUCAGUAACACUAAAUAAAGCAUUUCCUUACUGUGUA